UGAGAGAGGGGUGUUGAACCACACGUAGAAACGUAACUGUCCCGAGCUGGAAAAUAUUACUGAGAAGCGAUCUCCUGCUGGGAGUGCUUAAAAGCUCCGCUCCAUAUCAGCCCUGAAUAAUUCAAAGAUAUCUCCAACAAUGGAAGAUGGCAGGGAGACAGCUGCGAUGAGAGAGCAAAAAAGGAAGGAUCGACAAAUAGAUCGGUGGAGUCACACAGUUGAUGAUACUCAAGCCUUGGAGAAUACAGACAGUGACAUUGGCUUGUGUGGUUGGAUCCUGGUGCUUUUCUCCAUCCUGCUCACAUUGCUGACCCUGCCUCUCUCCAUAUGGAUGUGCAUUAAGAUAGUGAAGGAAUAUGAAAGGGCGAUUAUCUUUCGUCUGGGACGCAUUUUACGAGGAGGAGCCAAAGGACCAGGUCUUUUCUUCAUCUUGCCAUGCACGGACAGCUUUAUCAAUGUGGAUAUGCGCACCAUCACCUUUGAUAUCCCCCCUCAAGAGGUGCUGACAAAGGACUCUGUGACAGUGAGUGUAGAUGGUGUAGUUUACUACCGUGUACAAAACGCAACGCUGGCAGUCGCCAACAUCACCAAUGCUGAUGCAGCCACUCGUCUGUUGGCACAGACCACCCUGAGGAACGUGCUGGGUACAAAGAACCUGUCAGAGAUCCUGUCUGACCGAGAGGAAAUCGCCCACAGUAUGCAGUCAUCACUGGAUGAUGCCACAGAUGACUGGGGUAUUAAAGUGGAACGUGUGGAGAUUAAGGAUGUUAAACUGCCCCUGCAGCUCCAGAGGGCCAUGGCGGCUGAGGCUGAAGCAACCAGAGAGGCCAGAGCUAAGGUGAUAGCCGCAGAGGGAGAAAUGAAUGCAUCACGGGCACUGAAGGAGGCAUCUCUGGUGAUCGCAGAGUCCCCCUCUGCUUUGCAGCUGCGCUACCUUCAGACCCUCAACACCAUCGCAGCCGAGAAGAACUCCACCAUCAUUUUCCCUCUGCCCAUUGACAUGAUGCAGUCCUUCAUGAAGAACUGAACUAAGAGCCACAUGUAGCAACCUGUACACAGACACACGGACACAUACAUACAG